AUGUCAGGCAUGCCGGCACCAUCAAUACCGAACCUCCUCACGCUCCGGGGUGCGAGGGGCGGUUCCGGAGCCCGGGGCCGAAUGAGAGGCCGGGGUGGCUCCCAGUCGUCCGGUGCUGGUGCUGUUGCCACGUCGAUGCCCAGCCACGACGCCACCAUCCAGGGCACCGACACCGAUGCCGCCGUGUCGCGCAUGAGCGCCGUGGACCUGGGCUAUCUAGAGGAUCAGUACGCUCGCUUUUUCGUACAAGCACCUCCUCCUACCGGUGCCGCUGUGCGGAGACUACCCAUCAUAAACCGAGGGACGUAUACUCGUACCACGGCGCUUGACAACUUGAUUGGGGCCUUCUUAUCCGCUACCGAGGGCCAGGACCGACAGGUCGUUUCCCUUGGCGCCGGGACAGACACGCGGCCCUUCCGGCUGUUCAAGGACAAGAACUACGCUAAACUCAUUUACCAUGAGGUGGACUUUCCCACCGUUACCGACAGGAAGUGCCAUCUGACUAAAGCUAUACCUGCGUUAAGAGCUGUGAUACCGAAAGCCGAUGUCAUAGAUCAGACUCAUACGUGGCGGGAUGAGGAGGUUCCAAAUGCCAGUCAAUAUUGGUGCCACGGGCUCGAUCUACGAGAUCUAUCGAAGCCGGGCGAGACGCCGACGGAGGUACCAGGACUUCAGAAAGAUCUUCCGACAUUACUCAUCUCCGAGUGCUGUCUAUGCUAUCUAGAGACGACAGAGGCGUCGAAGGUGAUGCAGUACUUCACGGACCGAAUACCACGUCUUGCACUAGUCAUAUACGAACCAAUCCAUCCCAACGAUCCUUUUGGCAAGCAGAUGGUGUCUAACCUCGCGGCUCGUCGCAUCCGGAUGCCUACUCUUGAGAAAUUUACCAGUACUAACGAGCAAGAAGCCCGGUUGCGAGACGCGGGCUUCAGCUCUGUGCACAGUUUAACGAUUGAACGUAUAUGGGAGGAUUGGGUCUCCUCGGAGGAGAAAGAGCGGGUAGAUGCUCUGGAGGGUCUAGACGAGGUCGAGGAGUGGAAUCUCUUGGCGGACCAUUAUUCUGUGUCUUGGGGUUGGAGAGGGAUUACCUUGGAUGGCUGGAGAUUGGGUUCGAGUUAA